UGUUCUGUGCAUGUUGCAAUCGGGUCGUUAUGUCCAUCCCGGAGAGAAUUUGUUAUUCCUAUUGCUACCAUUUGCGAUGGCUUUCCCUUCUUGCUUUUCCCUUCAACGUUAUAUUGUUUUCAUUGAAUUUUUGUUCAUGUUUAAUUAAGUUAAAAUAAUUAAAAUGCGGUGUCAAGUUGGAGAAAUGGAAGAAUCACGCAACGUUGAAAUCAUAGACAUUUAUGAGUCGAUAUUAGAAAGGAAACGUCAUGACAGUGAAAGGUCCUCUGGCAGUCCAUUGGAACAGAAUGACAUCGAAGCUGUGGAAGCUCUUGUUUGUAUGAGCUCCUGGGGACAGCGGUCACAAAAAGGGGAUCUCCUAAAAAUGCGGCCACUUACACCUGCUUCAGACACAGAUUCUGUGCACUGUGAAUCUGUCCCUCCAGUGUUGCAGAGAGACUACCACUCAUUCUCAUUCCUUUGUAUGACACCACCGCACAGUCCUGGUGUUGUUGAAUCUGGUAAUACUCCUCCGGUGCCACAAAUUACCUACACGAAGCCAGCAACUACCACUGCAAGCAGUGGAAUCCACGCAGUCAAUACGGUGACUGUGAAACCUGCUCUAGUGAACAUUCACGAGUUUUCACGCCAAAAGUCUCCUGCAGCUGAAAAGACUGUUGCCUCUCACUGCCGGUCGGUGGCCACCAGUGUCAUCCGUCACACUGCCGAUAAUUCCCCUUGCUGCCACAUUCCCUCACCAUCGGUGAUCGAAAGGCCCCACUCGAGUCUCCAAAGCCUUGGGAUGAGGGCAAAAGGAAAUGCAACAGGCCAGUGUAAGCACGCUAAGGAGAUGCCUUUGGCCUCUGGUUCUGAGAGCAGGUGCUGUUUGCAGAAGAAUGUCUCCAGAUCAGUUGGCCAGGACUCAGAGCCAACAGUACCCUCCCUAGCACCAUCUUGUACAAUAAACAAACCUGAAACCGAACAUCAGAGCCUAGCCAGUUCCCUACCAGCACGCCUACCCCCUGCCCCUGUGCCAAACACUCCGGUGAUCUGUCAGAUGGUGUCUGUGAGUGGAGGAGGAGGUGGUGGAGGUGGAGUCAUUUCAGCAUUGGUCCCAAAGCCAAGCAACUGUGUAAAGCCUAUACUUCCCCAGACAUCUCCAGUUUCUCAGCCUCUUCUGUUGGGAACCUCAGUAUCGCAAGGGACUGUGAUGUUUGUGCUACCCCAACCUACUUUAACGCCGUCAACUCCUGCUCAUCAGACGAUAAUGACCGUCGGCAACACGAAGCUGCUACCACUGGCCCCUGCUCCAGUGUUUGUUUCAUCGAGUCAACACUGUGCUCCACAGCUGGACUUCUCCAGGAGGCGUAAUUAUAUUUGCAACUUCACUGGGUGCCGGAAAACCUACUUCAAGAGUUCGCACUUGAAAGCACAUCUCCGGACACACACAGGCGAGAAACCAUUUAACUGUAACUGGGAAGGAUGCGACAAAAAGUUUGCCCGCUCAGAUGAACUGUCACGACACCGCAGGACUCACACCGGAGAGAAGAAGUUCAUGUGCCCCGUUUGUGAUCGACGCUUCAUGCGCAGUGAUCACCUCACGAAACAUGCUCGGCGUCACAUGACCACAAAGAAAGUUCCUAAUUGGCAGGCAGAGGUCAACAAACUGAACAAAAUAGCUAUUUCAGCACCUUCUGCCAUCCCUGUGAAAAACAUACUGCUUCCUCCCACAACAUCCACCUAAAUGAGAUGACUUGCAGACAAUAUUUGCACUAAAUGAGUUAUCAACAGAACUGGAGAAGUGGCUGUUGUUUGAUGGAAUGCUCGAGAAAUUCUGAAAGCAAUGUGCUUUACUACAUUUACAAAGUAUGACUUAUCUUUCUGACAUACUGUAUGUGAGUGGUAACAAGACUUUUGUGAACGGGUUGAAAGCAUAAAUAACAAACGUAAGGGUGGAAUUUUCCUCAUUUGCUAUGGGGAAAUUCUGCAGUGGUUCAUGGAAAUUUUCAUCUAAAUAUUUUAAGUGUAUUGUAAAUAGUAUUUGCUAUGCAUAUUGUAUAUUUCUAUUUAAUAAAUCAAUUUUCAUGUAUAACAGAUCAGAAAUGUUUGUUUUUGCCAUUCAGGAAUAGCACUGAACUGUUUUAUUGCUUUAAGCAAUAAUUUUAUGCAGCACCAGGAUAAGAAUUGAAAUAUUAUAUUUUAGACGUGACUAUUUUGUAAAUUGAUAAUGUAUUUACUCUCAUUCACAUUAUGGUAUUAUGACAAUUAUUUUCAAUGGUCAGCAUUUAUAUAGUAUUUUGUUUCCUGUGUGCCAUAUAUUACACAAAUUGUGUGUAGCUAUCCGAAGUGCCCUGUUCAAGAUCAGGACAGGAUGGGCUGUAUUUUUUUUUAAUCUCUGGUUUACAAGCAGUAAUCGGGUGAAGAAAAUCAAAAAAAACUGCAGAUGCUGAAAAUCUGAAAUAAAAACAAAACACCGGAAACUAUUCUACAGCAUUU